UCAUGAAGAGUCUGGGUUAUUUCCUGCUGCUCAUCAUUCUGUCAUGUCUCGCACAAACUGUCCGUGGGAAUGAGAUUAUACAUGGGAAAAAAGUCCAAGAUGACUCGAUGCAGUACAUGGUCUCAGUGCAAACCAAUGAAGGUCACGUAUGUGGAGGAUUUCUGAUCAGUGAGGAAUAUGUGGUCACUGCAGCACACUGUGGUGGAGAUGAACUGAAAUACGUUCUUCUGGGAGACCACAACCUCAAGAGUUCAAAGAUAAAGAAAGUGGGAGUUAAUUCCACAUGCAAACCCAGUGAUUAUGUGAGCCUACAAUAUGGCAAAGACAUCAUGCUUCUUCGACUCUCUGGGAAUGUUCUUUUAAACAAUGAUGUGAAAACAGUCCCCCUUCCUUUGUCUAAAAUAACCUUAAGUGAUAAUCAAGAAUGCUCUGUCGCUGGAUGGGGUAAAACUGAGUACAGCGAUCACAGUAACGAACUGAGAAUGGCGAACGUGUUAAUCAUAAACCAACAAACCUGCCGGGAGCAGUGGGGAAAUAACCUUCCCCACAAUGUGAUCUGUGCUGGUGGAUUUGGCAUAGAUAAAGGAUUUUGUCAGGUCUGCUUUUUGUAUUUUGUAUUUUCAGAUAUAAUAGUCCGGACAUCAUGUGAUAAAUGUCAAAUGUUAAAUUCUUCAUCUUUGCAGGGUGAUUCUGGUGGCCCUCUGGUGUGCAAUGGGAGAGCUGUUGGUGUCGUGUCUUUCAACAGAGGUUUCAUCUGUCGCUACCCGGAUGUACCCAACGUCUACACGGAUAUUUCCAAAUAUCUUCAUUGGAUCAACAAAGUUGUGAAUGAAAAGAAAUGUGUAUAAUCUUGUUUUUUUCACUGUCACUGUACAUUGAAGCAGAAAUUGUGGCAGUUUUGCAAAUGUGUUGCUCUAAUCUGAAGAUGUUGAA